UCACACUUCAAUUCCCUUUGAUUUCUAUAAUACACAAGCUCCGGAGACUAUAUACUAAUUUUAAUUCUAUUGCUGCUUCUACUAGCUAUAUACAUAUAUAUUUCACAGGUGUAUAAUAUAUAGUUGGAGAUAUGUGGCGUCUUGUGGCUGCAGUGACUAGGAAACUUCAGAACACAAAGAAGAGUUCAAGGGUGGCAGAUGAAAACAUGUUUGAAGCUUCAAACGGGGUUGAACUAGUUAUGUUUCGAGGCGACAGAGGAAGAAGACAACAUGGUUGGAGUGGAAUCUCACUUAUCUAUGGCAUUCUUCAUGCCCCUAUAUCAAUUCUCUCAUGUGUGUCUCAUCCUCAAGCUAACGGAUCAGAUGGGGUUUGGGUUUCGGGUGAAUUUGUUCAGAUUUCUGAAAUGAAUCAUCUUAUGGUAAAUGAUAGCAUGAGAUAUGCAAUUUUGAUGUAGGGAAUUAAUAUGUGAAUACAUAUAUAAUAUAUAUAUAUACUUGUGUAAUUUGGCUUGGGAUUUCACAAGGGGCUAUUUAUAUGAGAUAGAAUGGACUAGCUAGCUAGCUAGCUCUUUUGUCCUCAAUUUUUCAUUUCUUAUCUUAUACUCGCUU